AUGUUCUUCAAGUCUCUUAUCGCUACCGCCACCGUGGCCUUCUUCGCCGCACAGGCUGCCGCUGCCCCUUCAGCCAUGACGGGCACUGAGAUGGAGGCGCCCAACAACGAUGUCAGGGGCGUCCUCAUCGCCCCAGAUGCCACCAAUGCAUGCAACUGCCCCAAUAACUGCCGACACAGAGUUGGAGAUUCUUGCAAGUUCUACCAGCAGGGCUACGUUGUUACUGCAACUUGCCAGCAGGGUGGCGCUAACGGUGCCUUGAUCUGCAAGUAG